GUGCCUCACCUUGCUCCGCUGUUUCCCCCCCAGAGGCAGCAUGGUGGACGUGUUCAGCGGGCGGCUGCUGGUCAGCAAGGACGGCCGCAGCGUGGACCCUGAGGAGGCACUGCAGAACAAGGUAGUAGGACUCUACUUCUCGGCCGGCUGGUGCUCGCCAUGUCGCGACUUCACCCCCGUGCUCUGCGACUUCUAUACGGAGCUGCUGGAGGAAAGCCAGCCGCCAGCGCCAUUCGAGGUCGUCUUCAUCUCCUCUGACCACAGCGCCGAGGAAAUGGUGGGCUACAUGCACUCCAUGCACGGCGAUUGGCUGGCUCUGCCCUUCCACGACCCCUACAAGCACAGGAAUGCACAAGGAGCCAGGAGAGCUGACCCAUGAUAGCCAAAUGGGUUUCACAUACCGUGUGUGGUAGUGAAAACUGGGGUGAGGUAAGAAGGCAGGGCAUU